AUGCGCGGCGCGCAGCGCACGCACCAGCAGCGCGCUGCGAAUGCGAACGCAAAUGGAGCACGCCACAACGCCGCGCAGCAUCUGAAAACCAGCCUUCACGCCUUGCGCGCUGCGCGCCGCCGCGUCGGGCGCGUCGCCGCCGGGGAGCAGGCGGAGGUUGCCGUUCUGGGCGGCGAGGACUUCAUUUACAGCCAGCAGAGUGGCGUGAGGGAGGAGCUUUUCAAGGGCAGCGUUUUGGGGGUCGACGCUGACGUUGCGCAGUCCGCCUUCCGCCAGACCGAGCUGCAGUGCCUGGUGCACCUGCCGGACGGGCUGGAGCCGCCGCAGCGCUUCCUUGAGCGGGUCGCGGUGCACUUUGCCCGCAACGUGCUGUCGGGCGCGGGCGACAUCCCCGGGCAAGUGCCGCUGGUGCUCGGCAUCUGGGGCCCCAAAGGCGCCGGCAAGACCUUCAAUCUCGAGCUCUGCCUCAAGAAGAUGGGCGUGUCGCCCGUGUGCCUCUCCGCCGGGGAGCUGGAAGACGAGUGGGCGGGAGAGCCAGGGCGGCGACUGCGGGAGCGAUACAGCUUUGCAGCUCGAGUCGCCUCGUCGACCGGCCGCGCGACUUGCUUAGUGAUCAGUGACCUGGACGCGGGCGUGGGCACGUUUGCACACACGCGCAACACCGUCAACACGCAGAUCCUCCAGGGCACGCUCAUGAGCCUGUCAGACGACCCCCUGUCAGUCAGCACCGGCCAGGAGUGGGCCGCCGUCAGGGGCCGCGUCCGCGUGCCGAUCUACGUUACGGCCAACGACCUCACUUGCCUGUAUGCGCCACUGGUCAGGGAGGGGCGCAUGGACAAAUUCUACUUCGAGCCGGACCGGCUUGAGAUGGCGGGAGCGCUGCAGCACCUGUUCGAUCCCCACCUGUCGCGGCCGCAGGUUGAAGCCGUGCUGGACGCCUUCCCUGGGCAGCCCAUGGACUUCUUUGGAGCCCUCAAGAGCCGCCUGGCCGACGCCGCCGUGCGCGGCUGGCUGAACGGCAGCCCACAGGGCGCGGAGGCGGCAAUCGCGGACCUGAUCCGGCAGCAGCAGCAGCGGAGGCCCGGCGCCAGGCGCGGCGGCGGCGGCGGCCCGCGGGUGGAGCUGCAGGCGACGCUGGAGGCCGUUCUGGCGGCGGGGCACGACCUGGCGCGGGAGCAGCAGGCGGUCUUAGACCUGCAGCUGUCAAAGCAGUAUAUGCCCGGCGUCGACGACAGCCCUGAGGCUGUGGAGGCGCAGCAGCAAAAGUGGCGCCGACGGCGCUGGGGCAGCCGCCCGACUCGGCAGGAGGCCGAGGCCGGCGCGUCUGAGCGCGCGGCAGCGGCGGCGGCGGCGCGGGGGCGGGCGGCGGCAGCAGAGGGGCUGGGCGCGUACUGGGAGAGCCUGGCCCAGAACUCCUGGGUGACGUCGUCCGAGGAAGAGCAGCUUUCCUCGGACUCUGAGGAAAGGCGGCCAGCGGCGGACGAGCAGCGGCAACACAUGGACAGCAGCGGCAGCGGCAACGGCGGCGGCAAUUCUUCUCCAAAAUCCGCGACGGGUGCAGGGGUCGGAGGCGACGCGGCGGCAGCUGCGGUGUCACCCGGCGGCUGGCCGCUGGUGACGCCCGACGACCUGGCGGCGGCGCUCAGGAGCAAGUCUGCCGUGGUGCUAGAUGUCCGCACCGCCAGAGACUGGGAGUGGGGCAAGAUCAAGGGCGCGGCCCACUGCCCCUUCAUCGAGUCCAAGGGUAGCAGCCUGAGCCCCACGAUAGAGCGCAACCCGAGGUUCCUAGAUCACGCAAAGUCCAAGGCCCCGGACAAGGGGCGGCACGUGAUCGUGUACGGGCCGGGGCGCGCGCAGACCGCGGAGGAGGGGGCGGUGUUUGUGAGCAAGGAGCUGUUUGUCAGCCUGGCGCCUGGCGCCGCAGGGGGGGAGGAGUGGCAGGGGAGGGGGCGGGGGCUCUUGGGGGUCUGA